UGUGCAAGGGGCACCAGGCUUUGUAGGUCACUACGCAUGCGUUAAAGUAUCUUGUGCUUGUGAGGGGAAACAUGGCGACGUCCCUGAUUUGCGGCCGAUUGUCGGCAAGACUGAGAAAUUGUGGGACCAGGACAACAAUAAACUCCGCAUCCAAGGUGCUGGGGGGGUCCUCUGGUGUGUUUGGGGCCCAUGGAGCCCAAGCCCAGCCCUCCUACCUGCAGCAGCAGCAGAGGAACCUCUCCCUGCACGAGUACAUGAGCAUCGGCCUGCUGAAGGAGGCUGGCAUUGCUGUUCCAGCAGGCCUGGUGGCCAGCUCCUCUGACGAGGCCUACUCUGUGGCCAAGCAGAUCGCCUCCAAGGACCUGGUGGUGAAGGCUCAGGUGCUGGCGGGCGGGCGCGGGAAAGGCACGUUUGAGGGCGGGCUCAAGGGAGGAGUGAAGAUUGUCUACUCGCCAGAGGAGGCGAGGGACAUCUCCUCUCAGAUGAUUGGUCGUAAGCUGUACACCAAGCAGACGGGAGAGCAGGGUCGUAUCUGUAACCAGGUGUUCAUCUGCGAGCGUCGCUACCCGCGCAGGGAGUACUACUUUGCCAUCACCAUGGAGAGGUCCUUCCAGGGCCCAGUGCUGAUUGGCAGCUCUCAGGGGGGCGUGAACAUCGAGGAUGUGGCAGCAGAGAACCCUGACGCCAUCGUCAAGGAGCCCAUCGACAUCCUGGAGGGCAUCAAGAUGGAGCAGGCUGUCACGGUUGCCACGAAGAUGGGCUUCCCCCCAGCCCUGAUCAGCGAGGCUGCAGAGAGCAUGAUCAAGCUGUACAACGUCUUCAUGAAGUACGACGCCUCCAUGCUGGAGAUCAACCCUAUGGUGGAGGACUCAUCUGGCAUUGUGAUGUGCAUGGAUGCCAAGAUCAACUUUGACUCGAACGCAGCGUACCGGCAGAAGAAGGUGUUCGACAUGCGGGACUGGACACAGGAGGACCCCCGCGACCAGCAGGCAGCCAAGGCCGACCUCAACUACAUCGGCCUGGACGGAACCAUCGGCUGUCUGGUGAACGGGGCGGGUCUGGCCAUGGCCACCAUGGACAUCAUCAAGCUGCAUGGCGGCACACCCGCUAACUUCCUGGACGUGGGGGGCGGAGCCACGGCCCACCAGGUGACCGAGGCCUUCAAGCUCAUCACCUCGGACAGGAAGGUGAUGGCCAUCAUGGUUAACAUCUUUGGAGGCAUCAUGAGGUGUGAUGUCAUAGCCCAGGGCAUCAUCAUGGCCGUCACGGACCUGGAACUGAAGAUCCCCAUCGUGGUGCGGUUACAAGGGACCAGAGUGGACGAUGCCAAAGCCCUGAUCGCUGCCAGCCCACUCAAGAUCCUAGCCUGCGAUGAUCUGGACGAGGCUGCCAAGAUGGUUGUAAAGCUUUCUGAAAUCGUCUCGCUGGCUAAGGAGGCUCAAGUGGACAUCACCUUCCAGCUGCCCAUCUAAGUCCCGCCCCCUGACGUCCCCAGCGCCACCCCGGACAUGCCCCGCCCCUCAUCGGCAAGGAGCGCCUCUCGCCCUGGACCCUCCCACGCCACCCCAAACUCUACCCUCUCUCUCUCUCCUUCUGGUUCUUUCUCUCUCUCUGGUCUGGUGGCAUGGCUCAGGCUCAUUUACAUGUGUUUCCUCCUGUGUGUGUAGGGACACACACACACACACAGUAAGUGUGUGUACGUAGUUGUCCUAUCCUAUUCCUUCCCUUUCUUCUCCCCCCUGCUCUGGUACACUCUUGUGUGAGGUCUCCUUUUGGCCGUGUGACUGCGUUACUCUUCCAAGUAUUACUCACCCUGUCGUGUUGUUUCCAGGGAAAUGGAAGGCGCACAGGAACUCAGAGCUCAAGUAGUCGUAGUCUCGAAAUGGGUGAUGGGCCUCAGAUGGAAGACUACAUUACCCAUCUUUUCUCCCAGGCACGUCUCUCUCCACCCACCCCCACAUUGCAUAGCACCAUGUCUAAACGCACAAUCCCCCCCCCCCCCUGCCCCAGCCCCUGGCUCUUCUCUGGAACAGGGAGAUAGAGGCUCGCUCUGCCUGGUUACAUUUUUGGGAAUGUCUUCUUGGCUUCAGACUAUAGCUCACUCAGUUUUCCCCAGAACUCUCUCAGAGCCCUCUGCUGACUCUGUAGGAAGAUGGUGGUCAGAAGGCUGAGGCUAGGUCUGUCACAGAGCUCCUCCACUUCUCCUCCUCUUCCCCUUCUCCUCCUCCUCUCGCCCCUGCAGGCUGCUGAGGAGCAGAGCGGGAGAACGAGGGAUGAGAGAGGGGGGUGCAGAGGAGGAGUUCUCUCUGCCGAACGACAAGCCCCGCCGACUCGGUAGUGUUGAUCCCCUCGCCAGUUGUUUCUCCGGGGCUGAAAGUGCUCAGAAGAGCCGGCGUUAGCGCUGUGGAGAACAACGCUAACGAGCUAGCUCUUGUCCACGAGUGACUGAUGCUGGUGAUUCAUUGGCUGGUUGUUUAUAGUGCUUGGAUACGGGCAGCGUCUGAGUUUGUUCUGAUCUCUCCCGCGAUCUGAAAGGGCCGAGUGCUGGAGCUUUUAGAAACGGUUGAAUGUUAGAUGAUGUUGUGGUGAGCACCUCCACGUGCGUCUGGUUCUUCAUCUCUCCUGCCCCUAGCCGGUGUCAGGCGCUGUGUGCAGGCGUGUCAGUCUAAACGUGUGUUGAGAGCUUUUGUUGCAUCACUGACCUGAUGUUGACGCAAGCAGGAAAACCAGGGGUCAUUUGUACCUGGUUGUGUACAAGGUAACGCAUGGUAGGAAUUCGUUUUUUUGUGUGUGUGUGUGUUCCCACUGUGCUGUCCAUCUCAGAUCAUGUCAACUUUCCCCACUGCUGCCGGCCUUCAGCACACCCUCCUCUUCAUCCCUCUCUCCUCCAUAGCUACCUGAUAUUCUGUGGUCUGCCACCAGAUCACAACAGCAAAAACAGGACUUCACACCCGGUCAGUCAAACCACACUCCUGCCUCUGGGAGAGGACUGUCCUCUACAGAACUGUAAACGAUUGUAGUAAUGUCUGUUCUCGCUUCCUCCAUCUUUCUCUCUCUCUCCCUGUUACUCCCCCUGCACUCAGAAUCCCCCAAAAAAUACACUUAUUGUGAGUUGUAAGACAUUUAUAAUAUCUUGUAAAUAACGAGACUACUGUUCUCUUUCUGUAAAAUAUUUAUGGUCCUCUCGGGGAGAACACGAAACUUAGAAUAAAUCCAGAGAACAGAGAA